AUGGGUGUUGUGUGGGGUGCUUCACUUCUGGUUCUAGCUAUGGUCUCUUCAAUUGUGGUGGCUGACCCGCUAGUUCCAUCACUUACAAUCUUUGGGGACUCGGUUUCGGAUGUGGGAAACAACAACAAUCUCAUCACCCUCAUCAGGGCAAACUUCCCUCCUUAUGGAAGGGAUUUCGCCGAGCAUAGGCCAACUGGGAGGUUCUCCAAUGGGAAGCUGGCCAUUGACCUCACUGCUGAAUUUUUGGGUUUCGACACAUACCCUCCACCAUAUCUAAGCGAAGACACCAGCUUGGGUAGUGUUACGACUGGAGCCAAUUUUGCUUCAGGUGCUUCUGGCAUGCUCGAUGCAACAGCUCACCUAUAUGGUGCCAUGUCAUUGACAAGGCAGCUCGAGAACUACAAGGAAUACAGAGCAGGAGUGGAGAGCAAAAUGGGAUUCGAGAACGCAACCAACACGUUCUCCAAGGGGAUUCAUCUUUUGAGCACUGGAACCAGUGACUUCAUCCAGAACUACUAUGUCAAUCCUAUCCUCAAUACCCUCUACACACCUGAUCAGUGGUCUAACAAGCUCAUGACAUCUUAUGCUACCUUCAUUCAGAACCUGUACGGGCUUGGAGCAAGAAAGAUUGGCGUGACAACUCUGCCACCAACGGGAUGCUUGCCUGCAGCCAUCACCCUAUUUGGCCACGGAAGCAACGACUGUGUCGAGAGGCUGAACUGGGAUGCUAGCUCCUUCAACCAGAAGCUGAACACAACUUCUCAGAGCCUCAUGCAAGAACUCCCGGGGCUCACACUUGUUGUCUUCGAUAUCUACAAUCCCCUCUUGAAUUUGAUAAAAAAUCCUAGUGACAACGGCUUUGCCGAGGCGAGGAAGGCAUGCUGUGGGACAGGUGUCCUAGAGACCUCAUUUCUGUGCAAUGCAAUGUCCCCCGGGACGUGUUCAAACGCUACAGAAUACGUGUUCUGGGAUGGAUUCCACCCUUCUGAAGCUGCUAACAAGAUCCUAGCCCAAUCCCUGCUCUCACAAGGAUUGUCCCUCAUAUCCUAG